AGUCAAGUGGCUGAAACGCAUCUCGGCACAGGUAGUGCGCAUCAUGCUAGACUACACAGACCACGUCACCCUCUGUGUCAAACUCAAGGAAUGCCUGAAGACACAGAAACAGUGGCCUGAGAUAUGCUAUAUCCAAGAGAAUGUGCGCAGCCUGAAGCACCUGUGUCGGCUGUGUAUCCGGGACUGCCUGAGCCGUCUGCAUCUGCGAUCCCCAGCCUUCAUCAGCUUCAUGCCUCUCCCCACCAGGCUUAAGGACUACCUCCGAUACAGAGAGUAUGACAUCUACAGCAGGGGCAGCCCUGAUUGAUCAUAACAUAAUGGCACUCUCUAAGAAAGUUCCAGUUCCUUAUCAGUUUGUCUGGACCUUGUUUA